AUGAACAUUUUCCUCGUGGCCUUGGGUCUUCUCGGUCCGGCAUCCGGUCUGAAGUAUACCGAACCAUAUCGUCCUCAAUAUCAUUUCUCCCCUGGCGAGAACUGGAUGAACGAUCCUAGCGGACUUUUAUAUCACAAUGGCACAUACCAUCUCUUUUUCCAAUAUAACCCCGCUGGCGUCGAAUGGGGCAAUAUGUCGUGGGGUCAUGCAACGAGUAGAGAUUUGAUCCAUUGGGAAGAGCGCUCUGUUGCUCUACUUGCUCGCGGGUAUCCCAAUAAUGUCACCGAGAUGUACUUCACCGGAAGUGCGGUGGCAGAUGUGAACAAUACAAGUGGCUUCGGGGUCAAUGGAAAGGUUCCGUUGGUCGCCAUGUAUACUUCUUCGUACCCCGUAUCGCAGGAUCUGCCAAGCGGAAAACAUAUUCGCCCAGAGCAGCAAUCUCAAUCAAUUGCUUAUAGCCUUGACGAAGGGGAGACGUGGACAAGAUAUGAUGCCGAGAACCCCGUUAUUCACAAUCCACCUUCUCCUUAUGCAGCAGAAUUCAAAGACUUCCGAGAUCCCUUCGUGUUCUGGCAUGAGGAUACACAUAAAUGGAUCUCUGUUACAGUUUUGGCGGCAAUCCACAAAAUAGCCAUAUGGAGUUCUGACAAUCUCAAAGACUGGUCAUUCGCCAGCGAAUUCGGACCCUACAAUGCUGUCGGCGGCGUAUGGGAAUGUCCCAAUUUGUUUCAAAUACCUAUCAAAGGUCACCAAUCAGCCAAGAAAUGGGUAAUGGUUCUGGGACUCAACCCUGGUGGGCCACCUGGCACGGUCGGAUCAGGCACACAAUACUUUAUUGGCGACUUCGACGGGACAACUUUCACUGCUGAUCCUGACAGCAGCUAUCCCGGGAACAAGUCUGCCAACUGGAUGGAUUGGGGUCCGGACUUCUAUGCUGCUGCCAGUUAUAACGGACUUCCUGAUGGAGACGUGGUCCAGAUCGGAUGGAUGAACAAUUGGCAGUACGGUGCGGUGAUUCCAACAAGACCUUGGCGAAGCGCCAUGUCUGUUCCCCGUCAGUUGUCUUUGGAGAUGGCUAAUGAAAGGGUGACCCUCCUUCAAAAACCGCAUCAUAGCUGGCGGAGAGUUGCCAAUCACCAGACCUCAAAACGUUCCUGGAAAGCUGUAUCGAAAGGAUCAAAGAGACUUGGUUCUCCAGGCAAGGCAGUCAAUAUCGACUUGAGCUUUUCUGAUCACGACUCCGAUCAUUCUCUGGCAUCUACGUUUGCGAUAGCUGUCCAUGCUAGCUCUGAUUUCAAGCAAGAAACACUCAUUGGGUAUAACUUUACCAGCAAAGAGGUCUUUGUGGAUCGGCGAAAUUCAGGGGAUGUAUCUUUUGACGAGACGUUUGCGAGCUUGUAUCACGCACCACUGUCAGCGAACGCGGAGAAUCGUAUCAAUUUGCAGAUCUUCGUGGAUUGGUCUAGCGUUGAGGUCUUGGGUGGUCAGGGAGAGGUGUCUCUGACGGCUCAGAUAUUCCCAGAUGGAAAUGCAACCGAAGCGCGCCUUGUUUCGAAUGGGGUGACCCGGGAUAUUAGGCUUGAGAUCAAUAGGAUGGGUUCUGCGCACUAG